AUGGUAUCUAAACGUAAUACUGAUUUUAGUAUACGUUCAUUAAUUGAUUGUGCACAAAAUGAUAUUCAACAUUCCUUAUCUCAUACAACAAGUCCAUCAAAAUCAACAAGUAAUGAAAGUCUUCAAUAUUCACCAUCAUCAACUGGUGGUAGUAGUAUUAUUACUCGAUUAUCUUGGUCACAGAACAAUAAUAAUAAUAAUAAUACACAAGUAAAUUGGUUACCUGAUGCUGAAAUUAUUGAUAAAGCACGUAAUAAUGAAUUACCUAGAAUAAAUGCAAAAAUCUGUUCAUUACGUAAACAUAAACAAAAUCGAAAACCACGUACACCAUUUACAACAUCACAAUUAUUAGCAUUAGAAAAAAAAUUUCGUGAUAAACAAUAUUUAACUAUUGCUGAACGUGCUGAAUUUUCAGCAUCAUUAAAUCUUACUGAAACACAAGUUAAAAUUUGGUUUCAAAAUCGUCGUGCUAAAGAAAAACGUAUUGCUGAAGCUGAUACAGAAAAAUAUCGUUUUCUACAAAUGAAACAUCCAUUAGCUAUUGCUGCUGCUAAUGUUCUUCAUCAUCAUCAUCAAUCAUUGUACAAUUUUAUUUCACCUGUAACUACAACAUGUUCAUCAUAA